AAAAUCUUAUAAAAAUCAAUCAAAAAUAUUGUGAUUUAAGGUCACAUCGAAAUCAUUAUUCAUUCCAUACCCUAAACAACAAAACGAAAACAGAAAAUGGCAAACAGGCAGAUGGAAAUAGAGACCGGAUUCCCAACGCCACUGUCCUCCGCUACUGAUCCUCCUCCUCCAUCACGGUGGUGGACACAACUGUAUUCAUUAUUCCUUCGUCGUAACGAACUCACUCAAGAAGAGAAAUCAGCUAUAUUUUUAAAACCCUAUUUGUGCGGCGCCUUGACGUUCUUUGCCGUUAUGACCAUCUUCUUAUACAUCGACAAACUUUUCUGCCACGUCAACUUCUCCGUCCAAUCCAUCUCCGUUUCCCCCUCCUGUUAUGCCACGUGGCACGUCGAUUUUCUUGUGAACCCGAGCUCAUGGUGUCCUAUCAACUGCAGCGGAGAUGACGUGUACGCCAAGCUAGGUUCUUUAAACGCCGCUGUUUUAAAAACCUCGCGCAAGCGUGGUUCGCGUGGCGGUCACACGAGUUUCUCGGUGGAUUUAGCUACGGAGGGUAAUCAAAGAGUUUUCAUCAAUACGUUGUUGAAUGUGCAGGGAAAAACGAAAGAUAACAUCAAAUCACGGCUUGAUUUGCAAGAGCACUGUAAUCGCAAAGAGUUGCACUUAACACCUGAUGGAAAGGCGCCAAUCCCAAUUUUUAGACUAAAACAUGAUGCCAAAGAAGUAUUUCUACGAUGGCUCCAAAAGGAUGUUAAAUUUUCAGAUGGAUAUUCAUCAAGUUUAGCUAACUGUGUUGAUCUACCGGGAAAAAAAUUAACAGGGAUGAAAAGUCAUGACUGUCAUGUUCUAAUGCAACGACUAUUUCCAAUUGCGUUUGCUGAGCUUAUGGAUAAAUCUGUACAUGAUGCCCUAUCUAGUAAGUUUUCAACAUUCGUAUAAUUUAUUUUAUUCUCUCUGCAUUUUCUUUAUUAUAUUUUAUUUAAUAGACGUUAAUGGCUUUU